AUGUCUAUCCCCGCUUUCGCUGACAUUGCUAAGCCUUCCAACGAUCUCCUUUCUAGGGAUUUCUACCACACUGCCUCUGCCAACCUUGAGGUCAAAUCAAAGGCCCCCAAUGGCGUCGCGUUCACUGUCAAGGGAAAGAGCGACCACAAGGCCGGAGCUAUCGCUGGUCAGAUUGAGGCCAAGUACACCGACAAGCCUACCGGUGUCACCUUGACCCAGGCUUGGACUACCGCCAACGCUCUUGACACUAAGGUUGAGCUCGACAACACCCUUGCCAAAGGCCUGAAGGCCGAGGUUAUCACCAACUUCUUUCCCUCCAGCAAGUCCAAGGGUGCUAAGCUCAACCUCCACUAUCGCCAACCCCUCUUUCACGCUCGCGCUUUCUUCGAUCUCCUUAAGGGCCCAUCCUUCAACGGUGAUGUUGUCCUCGGACACGACGGAUUCCUCGCUGGUGCCGAAGUCGGAUACGACGUUGUCAACGGCAGGAUCACCCGUUACUCUGCUGCUGUCGGAUACUCCGUUCCCGAAUACACCGCUGCCAUCACAGCUACCAACAACCUGAACGUUUUCGCUGCAUCCUACUACCACAAGGUUAACGCCCAGGUUGAGGCGGGUGCCAAGGCAACUUGGGACGCAAAGAGCGGGAACGCUGGUGGUGUUGGUCUAGAGAUUGCCUCCAAGUACAAGUUGGACUCUGCCGCCUUUGUCAAGGCCAAGAUCAAUAACCAGGGAAUCGCUGCUCUUGCUUACAACCAGCUCCUCCGCCCUGGUGUAACCCUUGGUCUUGGCGCAUCCGUUGAUACUCAGCGUCUGAAUGAGUCUGCUGCCGCUCACAAAGUCGGUCUUAACUUCGUUUUUGAAGCUUAA